AGUGUCUGCCUGUCGGUUGCCCCAGAAGGACGUGUCUGUGCGUGUCCGUUUUUUUAAAAAAAACUUUGUUACUAUUUUUUAAUUCAGUGAACAUUUACCAACAACCAAAUGUUUAAAUCAUGAAACGUCCCACGGAUUACACGAGAAAAUUUUUGUGAAUUUUUUAUUCAACAUUUUCCGAGAAAUAAAAAAUUUUAACUUUUACAAAGAAAAUUCGAUUUUUCUGGAGAAAAUGGUGGUCGUGAAAUUAUUUGUGAUUGUUUUAGUGUUGUUGUUCCGGUUGUCUGUCGUCGAUUCGGAUGCUUCUUCUUCGUCAGUGAUUCAGCGAUUAAUUGUCCGGCUAGAAGAUCCGUCAUCUCAUCCGUCAUCCGACAAUUGCACAUUAUUCAAACAAAUUGAGAACGUGCUGACGGCGACGUCUGAGCAGCUGCACAAUGUGACGAGGGGCCGGUUGCAGUGGGACAAGGUGACGAUUUUGGUGUCCAAGUCGCUGGCCCAGGAUUGCUUCCGGCUCACCAGGCACCAGCAGAGGCUGCAGGUCAUCAAGAAUAAAAGGAUGAACGCCCAGAUGGACGCCGCUCAAACGGCCGACGUUCUCAUCCACUCGAAAUCUCAUCCGCUCAUCGCCGAUCUGCCCCAUGCCAAACAAUUUGGCGGAUGCGGACAGCAAGGGCUCGGCGUCCACCUCAGCCGCCAAUUCAUCCGCACCUUUAACCCAGAAAAUUCUUUCAUUUCCGGCCGCCAAGUGUUGCGAGAGUGGGUGAAACAUCGUUACGGCGUGUUUGACGAAACCGGUUUCGAAUCGGACCGCCAGUAUCCGCUGUGGACAUCGGAAUACGGUUCGCAUCCGCCCAACUUUUCUUCUUCUUCCACCACUUCGUCGGCAUCGGCAUCUUCGUCUCAGUUACAGGAGAAUUCUUGCACGACGUUUGGCAACAACAAUAGCAGCACCACCACCACCAGUUCAUCCAACGAAACAGGAGAGUCUGUUUGGCCAACACUGGGAAUAGAAGAAGAAGGAGAAGAUGGACAAUCACAGCGGAACGGGACUGGCCUUUUAGACACGGCGUCGUCCAAUUCGACUCGACAGUCGAUCGAAUCGAAGAUGGUGAAAGCGUCGCCGACAACUUCGAUCAUGGCGUCUCUCGACGCGGAUGAUUGGUGCGAUGGAUCGAACCAUAUCCGCUGGAUGCCCACCAAGCAGAACGUGCUGUGCGAGGAGCAAAGUCUCUGGCAGGUUAUGGAGACCCACCCAGACUUCAGACGGGUACCUCUUCCGGCGACCACUACGACGGAAUCUUCAUCGACGGAUGUGCUGGAAGAAGAAGAGAAAUCUUCUCCUGUCAACUGGAUGCCUUCCACUAAAGCGACGCCUUUUUUCCCGCCGGAAUUUGAAUACGUUUUGCCGUCAAACGGCCACCGUUACGUCUUGGUUCUCGAUCGAACUCUCUCGGGUCGACGAUGGAGUUUGAUCCGUCGUGCGCUGUACCGUUGGAUUCACGCCCUGCCAUCGACCGACGACCGUGAAACUCACCUGAGCGUCAUCGCUUCAUCUCCAUCCGUCGGCGGAAGCGUCGAUUCAUCCGCCAGCAACAAGAAGAAUCUGGUCGUCCUUGGAUGGACCAAGGUGACGGCGGAUAAUCGUGACGGCCUGGUCGGCCGCAUCCCGCGACGAUCUCAUCUCUCAUCAUCAUCUCAACAACAACAACAGCAACAACAGCAACAACAUCAUCUCGUGUCGGCCAUCCAGCUGGCUCAUCAGAUGUUGGCGGAUGAAAAGGAAGCGACUUGUUGCGGGGGCCAGCUGAUCCUCUUGACUGGCACUCGAGUCGAAAUGGACCUGAUGAUGGACGAGGACCGAUCGCAGGACGUGACGGUCCACACGAUCGCCUUCCCCAGCCGGCGGACGACGUUGAUCGAUUUGGGCAGCCGAGUCGUUAACGGACUCCAAUUAGCCGUCGAUGAUGAUGACGACGAAGAAGAAAUCGAUCAAGAUGAACCCAAAGGACAUGGGGGUCUCUCCCAAUCGCUGACACAGGCCCGUCUGGCCGCCGCUUUCCUACAAAUUCUUCGCUACGACCAGGCAGAUACGCCGACCCAGGUUUACGAAGAAACGGUGACGUCGAGUAGCCAAGUCCAGGCUGUCCAGGGAACUUUCACGCUGGACGCUCCCCUGGGCUCCAACGUCCGCGUGGUGGCCCACUGCGCCGACGAGGCCGACCUGGACACGGUCGAAGUUGUCAGCCCCAACGGACGCGUCUACGAUCUCCCGCUCGUCUCUGACGGGAUGCUCCACAUCCGCAUUCCGCAAACCGACGAGUUUGGCGAGUGGAGUUACCGGUUGAAAUUUGCCCAGCCGGUGACGUCAUCAUCCAAGCCCCACCAAGUGGCGGCUACUGUUGAAGUGACGGCCCAGCCGGCGACGACGACGCCGACGCAAAUUCACGAUGAGGCCAUCACGGUCCAGGCCUGGACCAACGUUGGCCGCCAACCCGUCAACGCCUCGCAGACGCCCAUUUUGCUGUACGCCGAAGUCAAGCGAGGACUCAGUCCCGUCCUAGACGCCAAAGUCACGGCCCUCGUCUACCCGCCCAGGGGCCAGGACAACAAUGGAACCACCACCAGCCAUCAUCCACCAGCUGGACCCUUUGUUGUCCAGCUCUUUGACAAGGGAACUGGAGAUCCGGAUAUUACCAGGGCGGAUGGAAUUUACUCGGCCUACUUUACACGGGCCGUCGGUGAACCUGGACACUACGCCGUGACCAUUCAAGUGACGGACAACUCGAGAAGGGCUUCCAUUCCCGUUAGGAAACUUAAUCCGCUCCAGGAAACGACGUCUUCCGCCGGAGUAGCAGCUUGUUGCGGAAGUUCCAUGCCCUACGAGCAAACCAUUCCGGUACAACCCUUCCGGCGGAUCAUCAGCGGCCCCAGCUUCGUCACGGUCGACGGCCCCAGUGAGGAUGACGAUGUUUAUCCGCCCGGAAGGAUUUCGGAUUUGCGAGUGGAGCGCAUCGUCAACGCCACCAACGAAGUCGAACUCGGAUGGACGGCCCCCGGAACGGAUUACGAUUCCGGAUCGGCCGCUUUCUACCAGAUCCGCUGCUACACGGAUCGCUCGGCCCUCAACGAUUCCAGUUCGGCCAUUUUGGUCCACUCUUCUUUGACUCCGCAACCGCUUCCAGCCGGAACGUGGCAAAAGGCCAUGGUGGCCGUUCCGUGGCCCAAUCAAAUCUUUUACUACGCCAUCGUAGCCGUGGAUUUCGCCGGAUUGAGAGGCAAAGUGUCCAACAUUGUUCCGGUUUACAUCGAGGAACCUCCUCCGCCGCCGACGACCACCACGACCAAUCCGACGCCGAUCCUUACGGCUGGCGAGCACGACAGCAACAACAUGACCCGCCCGGAAGCGGCUUCUCAGGCUCUGACGGAGCAGCAACUCUACGCCAUCGCCGGCGGAGUGGCUGGAUUCAUUCUGCUCCUGGUCAUUUUGUCCAUCGCCGCUUGCCUAUCCAGGCGGAAGCGGAGCGACGAUCGCCGCCAGGAGAAGCCCAGCAAACCUUCGUCUUCCACGUUGAAGAUCCAGGUGGAGCCGCUCAAGAUCAGCCCGACGGAUGCCCAGACUCUGCACAGUCACCACAAGGAGCAGGAAGCUGCGGCUGCCGCCAUGAAAUCCAGCGAGGAAUCCCGCCCAGUCUACAAGAUUUACGUCAACAACGCCUACAUCCAGGAGGAGGACGGCGAGCUGAAAAUCGUCACUCCGGACGGCCGGAUCAUCCAGCGGGGCUCCCCUUGGUUCUCCUCGGCCAACACUCUGCCCCGCGGGCGGAGUUUGACCAACCUGGAAGGGCUGGAAGCCGGAACAAGCGCCACGGAUCUGAACCACUGGUCGCUGCCGCGGGCCAAAACGUCUCCGCACCGGCACAAGGUCCUGACCAACGGAUCCAUCAUGCCCAACAGCGGCAGCCAGAGCGUCAUCAACAUCAACAAUCCAUCGUCGUCGGCCAAUUCCGGCGUGGGCGGUGGCGGCGGCGGCGGAUGCGGCGGAGGGGUGGCCAUCGCCGACGGGACUUCCAUCUCGUCGAAACCUUCCGUCUCGUCGGACGACACGGGCAUCGAAGUCUCUGACCACCAAACGGAUUCCAGGGACAGCGCCGACUUGCAGAUGAUCCUGCCUCCGCCCGGAUUCGGUCCCAUCCAGAACCACAACGGAUACCUUCCCAUGUACUCGAACCAACAUCUUCUUCCGCCGCUGCCUCCGUCGCCCGGCAUGUCGUCCCAGCAUCCGGACGGCCGGGUCAUGAGAGUUCCGAGCUUCCUGGACAACAACAAUUCCGGCGAUCACCACCACCACCAUCACGACAUGAGCGGCGGAUCGUUGGGCUGGCUGGGCGAAUUCCACGAUUCCAAUUUCUGCAGCCAACCGUCUAGCCGCCGGCCUUUGAUGAUCGGAGGAUCUUCUUACGGCGGCGCCGGAAGUGGAAGCGAAGACCGGACGCCUCAAAUCAGUCCGCCUCCGCCAUCGACUCCGACGUCUCAAUCUUCCGUCGUCCACCAGCCCAGGAGGAAGACGAGACACAUUUCGUUCGUUUAAGUUGUCAAAAAAUCAAAUCAUUUUAAAAUUAAAUAAGUUUUUUAUUUUAAAAAUUUUUUUCGCGUGACUGGAUGAUGAAAGGAUGUAGGAAAUGUGUACAUAGGAUGCAUCAAUUGUGAUAUACGUAUAUGACAUAAUCUGUGACUUUUGAUAAAAUAAAUUUCUACCUUUGAACAAAUGA